CGCGUUUCCUGUGUUCGCGCGACAAAGCUCCGCCUAUAAAACGCCGUCAGACAGCCUCAGAUUAUCACACACGUUGGAGAAGCUCCUGGGUGUAAGAGCUACAUAAAAGAAUUACAUUCACAGAAAACGGCUACACGAUGAGUGCUGCUCAGAGUCAGUCCAAACUGGAGUCCCUGGAGUGUCACUUCACCUGGAAUCUGGAUGCCAACAGGUCCAAACUGUUCCGUGUCAGGGACGCACUGGUGGACAUCGGCACUGAUGGUGGAAACAUCUGGCUGGGUCACAUCUACAACCUGCAGGGGUUCAUCCAUUACAAGCUGGGCUUCAUUGAAGAGGCCCGGGACUUCUUCAGCAGGGCCACUGAGACCUUCCACCAGCUGGGAGAUGCAGAUGAGGGUCCCUGGUUGGUGGUGAACUACGGGAACCUGGCAUGGCUGCACCAACAUCUGGGUGAAGACAGUCAGAGCCAAAGGUACCUGUCAAAGCUGGACACCCUGAUGGAGAAACACCCGCCUCCAAUCCAGGAUGAGCUCCACCCAGAGGUGUGUGCUGAGAAGGCCUGGACCCUGAUGAAGUUUGACAAAGACAAGAAGCUGCAGGCUGCAGAUUACUUCCAGAGAGCCGUCAGGAUGAAGCCAGAGAUGGUGUCAUGGCAGACCAGCCGUGUGCUGGCGUUGGUGGGUGCUUAUAAACACAGUGACACAGACCAGGAUGUUGGCAUGUUGGAGGAAAUGAGAAUGGCCCGAGAGGAGGAUCCAGACAACCUGUACCUUGCUGCUGUCGACCUGCUGCUAAGAGCCAAGAGAAGAGAGCAAAUCAAAGAUGAAGCAGAUGAGCUGGAAGAAAAGAUUUUAAUGAAUCCUGUCAGCAGCUACAGCGGCAUCAAAACCCUGAUGAGGGUGUACAGGCAGCUCGACUGCUAUGAUGAGGCCAUUGACCUGGCAGAAAAGGCCCUGAAGAAGCAUCCAGAUGAGCGAUACCUGAAGAGGUGUGCUGCCCUCAGCUACAGAUGGAGGAUAGUUUUUUAUAAAGAAAGUCGUCCAAGUGAAAGUAUGAUCAGCAGAGCCAUCAGUCUGCAUGAGGAGGUGGUCUCUCUUUACCCUGAUUCCUCUCUCAUAAAGGAGGUUGACCUCGCAAACAUGUAUGCUAAGUCUGGUCAUGGCCUGAUGAAAGCAGAGCAGAUGUAUCAGGAGAUGAUGAAGAGAGAUCUGGAACCUGAAGACAAGCAGAUGCUCUAUCACUGCUACGCAAAAUACUUACACUUUGAUCGAAAGGAGGGUCAGAAGUCGAUUAAGUAUCACAUGAAGGCAGCAGAGAUACCUCAUCAGUCCUUCUUCCGGCAGAACAGCAUCAACUCGCUGCAGAGGAUCAGCGAACGAGGCAGAAACAGAAUGUGCAGAGAGAUCCAGGAGUUUCUAGAAAACCUGCCAGAUUCUGAGUCUGUGUGAGUUCCUGAUAACACAGGCUGCACAUCUGUGUGUUAACAGCUGCUUUAGGUUUUUAUAGAGAUAAUAUUAUAUCAGCAUCAUGAAGGAAUUUUUAUCUAACGCUAACUUGCUUUUAAACCCUCUAAGUGCCAAAUUCGCAAAAUCUAUCUAUCAGCAUCUUUGAUUCUGGAGGGGAUUAUGUGCCUCCUGAGGAUGAUGAUUGGUCAUCUAGCGACAGUAAAAGUGAUGCUUCUGUUAUAAAUCAUGCCGCAUCCGUUCAUAAAAAUAACAUAUCUAAAUCAGAACAAGUGGGAGAUGUGAACUCUGAGACUUUACCUAACUGAGGUCAGAGGCAGAAUUCCAAAAUUUAUGAGAUUUUCUGUAUGUGCUCGAUGCAGCAGGAGUGGAAAAGAGGGGUGUAUCAGACAAUUUGAUGGGACAACUGGGGAUUUUGGAAACUAAGAUUUGAUAAAUACCAAACUGAAUGAUUUCAUAUAUUUAUAGUGAUAGUUCAUAGUGAAAGUUAUGGAAUUUAUUACGCUUCCAACCUUUGAUGAUACAGUAUGAAAUUAAAUGAGUAAUUUUACUGCCAUCAUAAACUCUGGUUCAUUUUCAACAUUUUCACUCCUUUACAGUCUGCCUUGAAAACUUUAAAAACUCUGGCACCUAAAGGGUUAAAAGGUCAAAACCUGUUUAUAAGUUAUUCCGUAUAUUUGUGGUGUCUUUUUUCUUUAUGCUUUAUCUAUUAUACAGUAGAUAAUCUUUGCUGUGGUGUCUUUGGUUAACCAGAUUUAAUUAGAACAAUGAAUGCUGCAUUUAAGCUGUAAAAGCCUUAUCUAAUAUCUUAUAUGCAAAAGUAAACAUGCAUGACUUUUUUAUGUUCCUCCACAUGUAUGAAUAUCUCAUAUUAAAUGUGAGCUGAUAGCUGUUUAUGUCACAGUCUGCAGGAUUUCUGUCUUGUUUUAAUCAACUGAUAUUAAAUAUUCGGGUUAAUUUUG